AUGGGUGAAAGACGAGCCUCAGGCCGCUCCAGAUCCAGGAGUGCUGCUUUUACUGAGACAGCAGCUUUGGACACAGACACACAUGAUGGCACCGCUGAGUUUCCUGGUUAUUUGGCUCCUCUGCCUUCCCAGUUGGCUGAGUCUGGCUCUACUGACCUGAGGAACAGGAAGAGGAAGUGGCAGAGCGACAGCCACAGCCAGCAAGUGCAGUCCACCUCGUCCAGGAGACCGGCCAAACACUCUCGCAGAGACUUGUAUAUGAAGGGCCCAUUGCUGGGACGAGGUGGAUUCGGCUCAGUGUUUGCUGGGAUCCGCAGGUCUGAUGGACUGCCAGUGGCCAUCAAGUACGUGUGUAAGGACCGCACGCAGAGGAGACUGAAAGUUGAAGGUCAGGGUUGGCUGCCACUGGAGGUGGCCUUGAUGACCCGCGUCACUUCAGCUCCUGCCUGCCCCAGUGUCCUGCAGCUGCUGGACUGGUUUGACCGUCCCAGAUGCUACGUCCUGAUCCUGGAGUGUCCGGCUCCUUGCCAAGAUCUCCAGAGCUUCUGUGAGGAGAACGGCUGUCUGGACGAGCGUCUAGCCAAAAAAGUGCUGGUGCAGUUGAUUGCGGUGCUGAAACACUGCGAGAGCCGUGGCGUCCUGCACCGAGACGUCAAACCAGAGAACCUACUGAUCUGAUACAGAUACAGAGAUCUUCUGAAGCACUCGGCCUACAAAUAUUUUGCAGGCACUCCUGCCUACGUUCCUCCUGAGUGGUUUAGCAGACAUUGCUAUAAUGCCACUCCAGCUACAGUGUGGUCAGUAGGAGUGACCCUCUACAACAUCCUGUGUGAUCGUUUACCCUUCAGAGGCGCACAGAGGGUCACGUCCAGAAGCACACUGCACUUUACAAGGAAUCUGUCAACAGAGUGCCGUCAGCUGAUUGGCUGGUGUCUCAGUUCAUCGCCAGCUGAUCGGCCCACUACAGAUGAUAUUGAGCACCAUGCCUGGUUGCACUGCACAGAGGGAGAGCAGGAGUAG